AUGGGGAGCUGUGGAGGGUCAGCGGAAGAGGAGCGAGGGCCACACGUGGGCAAGGAGCACUUUGGCUGCGGCGGGAAGAGGGGCGGUUAUGGGCGGGAGAGGGUGGUGCAGACCAGCGACAAUGCAGACCAGGCCGGUGGUGAUGGGCUUGCAGACACAGUUCCAGAAAGUUCAGGUAAAAGUGAGGCUUACCCAAGGUAUAUCCGCACCAUGUACCUGGGGAUUCAGAGCCAGCGGCAGAAGGAACACCAGCGACGCUUCUACUGGGCUAUGAUGUACGAAUAUGCAGACGUCAACAUGCUGCGCCUCCUGGAGACCUUCCUGGAGAGCGCCCCCCAACUGGUGCUACAGCUCUGCAUAAUGAUCCAGAAGAACAGCGCCGAGACGCUGCCCUGUGUCUCCUCUGUGACCUCCCUGAUGUCCCUGGCUUGGGUGCUAGCCUCCUAUCACAAGCUGCUGCGGGACUCCAGGGACGACAAGAAGAGCAUGAGCUACAGAGGGGCCCUCGUCCACCUCUUCUGGCGCCUCUUCACCAUCUCAUCCCGAGUUAUCUCUUUUGCCCUCUUUGCUUCCAUCUUCCAGCUCUACUUCGGGAUCUUCGUGGUGGUGCACUGGUGCGCCAUGGCCUUCUGGAUCAUCCAUGGCGGGACAGACUUCUGCAUGUCCAAGUGGGAGGAGAUCCUCUUCAACAUGGUGGUAGGGAUUGUGUACAUUUUCUGCUGGUUUAACGUCAAGGAAGGGCGGACUCGAUAUCGAAUGUUUGCAUAUUAUACGAUAGUCUUGACCGAGAAUGCUGCCUUGACGUUCCUUUGGUAUUUUUACAGAAACCCGGAGACCACUGACUCCUACGCGGUGCCAGCACUGUGUUGUGUCUUUGUGAGUUUUGUGGCUGGGAUCGCACUGAUGCUCUUAUACUAUGGCGUGCUGCAUCCCAUGGGGCCACGGGCUAAGGUCUUUGCCAGCUCCUGUUGUGCCGAGCUGCUCUGGGGCAUCCCUUUGCCCCCCGAUGUUGAGCCCAUGGCGCCUCAGACCCCUGGGUACCGGGGGACCCAGGUCACGCCCACCAGAGCCGUGACGGAACAACAGGAGGAUCUCACGGCUGACACUUGCUUGCCCGUUUUCCAAGUGAGACCCAUGGGGCCCGCUACCCCGUCGGGGCGUCCUUACCACCCAGAAGGGCCCCUCAUUAAGAUUGACAUGCCAAGAAAGAGGUACCCAGCUUGGGAUGCUCACUUUGUGGACAGGAGGCUGAGAAGGACUAUUAACAUCCUACAGUAUGUCACACCCACGGCAGUGGGCAUUCGCUAUCGGGACGGGCCACUCCUCUAUGAGUUGCUACAGUACGAGUCUUCACUCUAAGGGCACCUUGACCCAAGUUGAGAAGGGGACCUUAAGUUUGGUCUGCGGUCAAUGCCGCCUGCAAGAAAUAUAACCCUCCCUUCCCCCAACACACAGAACCACCACACACCACCACCACCACCACCACCACCACCACCACCACAGAAUUAAGUCACGUCCCCUUCAGAUAAGCUUUCUUUCCAGUCGCCGUAUGUAUACAAAGAUAUUCUCUAUGUUUUGUAAGUAAAAACAAAAAGAAAACCUUUCUUUUGUUUUUUACACAUAAGAAACAGUAUUGAAAAAUCCCACACUAUGAUUCCUGGGGUGGAGGAGGAGGCGUGGCCUCUGCUCCAAAAGAAAAAAAAGUUUUAUACCUUACACCAAGCGUAGAUCAUUUCCGGGAUUGGUGCUGAUUGAAAGAACAAAACAAAACAAAACAAAAAAACACAAACAAACAAACAAAUAAACAACCUUCAACUGCCUUAUGCCCUUAGGUGCUGAGUUUCAUUAAGUACUGUCACGUUUUCUCACGCAAAACUCUCUGGUGACUUUUGCACCAGGAGAGGAGAAAUUCAACAAUCAAAUGAAACAAAUCUACAAAUGAAACAAACAAACAAACAAACAAAUCCAACAAUACAAAGCAACCAUUCUUCCUAUCUAUCUGAUUAUUUGUAUUGAGGAAAACAAAUUUACCAAAAGCAAAGGCAUAGAAACCCCUCCCUCCGUUCGGUUUCUCCCGCUACUCUCCCGUCCCUGCCGCACUUCACUGAGCCUUCUAGGAGCCCAAGAGCCGUUUGGGUCUCAAAUGGCUAGAAAAGCUGCUUGAAGGCUGACUAUGUGCCAUUUUAGCAUUCACCUAGCAAGAUGCAUUUGUUUCCCGGUGAAAAGCAAAACAGAACAAAACAAAAAGCCACCCUACUAAUGUAGUAAGGUCAAGAAAUUCUAAAGCAAAUCAGAGGAGACUUCCAUAUACGCCAUCAAAAACAACCAGUAAUAAUAAAACUCAGCAUAGUAGCAAAAA